AACGGCGCAAGCGCAGUCUCAAUAGGAAAAAGGCUUGUUUUUGCUCCGCCUGUGCUUUACGAACGGAAGCGUACAUGAUCUAUGUAGCCAUAGUUAUCGUACUGACAGAUUGAGACGUUUAUUCUCUUAUUUCGGCUGGACCUCUGCUUUAUUUGAGUCAUAAAGAUGGCAGAAGGCGGCGGUUCAGUGCAGCGUUUGAGGCGGCAAUUAGAGUCCAACAGCUUUCAAGCAGAACAGUACGUGAAGCUAUUGUCACAGCAGUCAGACGGGGAUAGAGACCUGCAAGAGCACCGACAGCGCAUUCAGAGUCUGGCAGAUGAGACCGCUCAGAGUCUCAAACGUAAUGUCUAUCAGAACUACCGUCAGUUCAUUGAAACUGCGAAAGAGAUAAGCUACCUGGAAGGAGAGAUGUACCAACUGAGCCACAUUCUAACCGAGCAAAAGAGUAUCAUGGAGAGCGUCACCCAGGCCUUACUUUAUACAGACCGCUCUGAAGCCGCACGAGAACUCCAGACAGCAUUUCCUAAGGAGGCAGAAGAGGGAAAAGUCAGGAACCUCACCACUCUGCUGGAAAAAGUGGAGGGAUGCAAAAACCUGCUGGAAACACCGGGGAGGUAUUUGGUUUAUAAUGGUGACCUAACCGAGUUUGAUGUGGACAAUAUGGCUCUGAUUCAGAAAGUCCAUGCCUUUUUAAUGAAUGAUUGCUUGCUCAUUGCUACCUCUGUGCCCAAUCGCAGAGGGAUUUAUAAAUAUAAUGCACUCCAUAAUUUAGAUGACCUUGCUGUAGUUAAUGUAAAGGAAAAUCCCCCAAUGAAAGACAUGUUCAAAAUACUCAUGUUUCCUGAAAGCCGUAUCUUCCAGGCUGAAAAUGCAAAAAUUAAAAAAGAAUGGCUGGAAAUUCUGGAACAAACAAAGAAAAAUAAAGCUUUAAAUGAAAAGCAAAAACAAGAGGAGACAACCCCACAAUUGCCUGUUGUACCAGAAAUACCUGCCAACCCAUUCAUUGAUGAGGAUGGGACAUUUGAUGAAGUAGAAGUAGAUUUAACAAUUGAUUGGAUCCAGGAGCUUCCUGAAGACUUAGAUGUUUGCAUAGCCCAAAGAAACUUUGAAGGGGCUGUUGAUUUGCUUGAUAAACUGAACAGUUAUUUGGAAGAUAAACCUUUAACACAUCCUGUAAAAGAGCUGAAGUCCAAAGUUGAUGAGCGGGUUCGACAGCUAACAGAUGUGCUUGUUUUUGAACUUUCUCCAGAUAGAUCUCUGAGGGGUGGUCCAAAAGCAACUCGAAGAGCAGUCUCCCAACUUGUUAGAUUAGGUCAGUCCACUAAGGCAUGCGAGUUGUUUUUAAAAAACCAAGCAGCUGCAGUACAAACUGCCAUACGACAGCUCCGAAUUGAGGGAGCCACUUUGCUCUAUAUUCAUAAAUUAUGCAAUGUAUUCUUUACUAGUUUACUUGAAACUGCCAAGGAAUUUGAAAUGGAUUUUGCUGAAAAUCAUGGUUGCUACUCUGCUUUUAUUGUUUGGUCUCGGUUAGCCCUAAAGAUGUUUGUAGAUGCUUUUAGUAAGCAAGUAUUUGACAGCAAGGAAAGUCUAUCUACUGUAGCUGAAUGUGUAAAAGUUGCAAAAGAGCACUGUAAACAAUUAAGUGAAAUAGGAUUAGAUCUCACCUUUAUACUGCAUACACUGCUUGUAAAAGAUAUAAAAGCUGCUCUGCAGAGCUACAAAGAUAUUGUCAUUGAAGCUACAAAACACCGUAACUCUGAGGAAAUGUGGAGAAGAAUGAACCUAAUGACCCCUGAAGUGCUUGGCAAGCUAAGAGAGGAAAUGAGAAACUGUGGCAUAAAUAACUUUGACCAAUACACUGGUGAUGACUGUUGGGUUAAUAUUAGUUACACUAUUGUUGCUUUUACAAAACAGACCAUGGCCUUUUUAGAAGAAGCACUUAAAUUAUACUUUCCAGAGCUGCACAUGGUGCUGCUUGAAUGCUUAAUGGAAAUAAUACUUGUCGCUAUUCAGCAUGUAGAUUACAGUUUGAGAUGUGAACAGGAAUCUGAAAAGAAAGCAUUUAUCAGACAGAAUGCAUCCUUUUUGUAUGAAAAUGUUCUUGUGGUUGUGGAAAAGAGAUUCGAAGAGGGUGUUGGAAAGCCAGCAAAACAACUGCAAGAGUUAAGAAACUCUUCAAGAUUGGUGCGUGUAAACCCUGAGAGUACAACAUCUGUUGUCUAAUUUUCAAAUUACUUAUGGUGUAUUUUGCUUUCAAAAGUACCUUGUAAUCCCUUGCUUGGCAUUUUAUCUAGCUGGCUGUCUAAAAAUUUAAAUGCAUCGCCAUAUAUGUUUGCAGGCCUUAUAUAAAAUUAUAAGCAAAGGCUACAGGUUUGCAAAAUAGUGCACACUCUGCAUUUGGUCUUUCCAUUGUUUUUCUUUGCAGGCCAAAUAUUUGACAUUAUAAGCAAAGGAGUUUAAUAAAGUUCCCUGUGUAGGCCACAGGCUUGCAAGAUGGUGCAUCUUAGGUUAGUGGCACACAUUGCGUUUGCUCUCUCCAUUUUCUUUCCAUUGUCCUGUGUAUGCUGACAGGAAUGUCAUCUGACACACAAAACAGAUUUCAGUGUGGAAACACAAAUGUAUACAUUUGUCAUGCUGAAAUCCACACCGUAUGUGUGCUGACAGGCACAUGACAGUGUGUCUGCCUUUUCUCCGCCAGUGUUUUAUGUGAGUGGAGCAAUGCGGAGUAUGCCAUGAGCCUAAAGGUGGGCAUACGAUUCAGCUCUACAUGAUUGUUUUGAAACAAACGAUCUUUCUUGGAAAGAUCGUAAUUGUUAUGUCUAUGGCAACGCUUACAGUACUGAUUCAGAUUUGUAGAUAGACAAAAUACUUUAAAUAAAUAUAUCUGAAAUAGGCAUUGUAACCAUAUAAUUAUACAGUAGAAGUAAUGUGUUUAUUAGCUAAUUAUUUGAAUGUUUCAGGUAUUGCAGAGUUGACUUUAGAACAGUAAGCAAUUACAUAAUAAUCCAGUUUUCACUUUUCAUAACCCUGCUAUGGUGAUUUAGGGUUAGCAAGUUGAGAACAUCCAGUAGGAAUGAAAAUUGAAUGGAAUAACCAGAAUUUGUAGAAAAAAAAAGUGCAUUUAAUUUAACAAGAGACAAAGGCAGGGUUGCAUUUUGCUUAAAGGAGAAGGAAAGCUACCGAGGCAUUUUAUUGCCAAUAGAUUUGCUGCAAUAGUGCAAGCUAGAAUGCUAUAUUUAUUCUGUAGAAUGUUUUACCAUACCUGAGUAAAAAGCUCUAGAAACUCUCAGUACGCUUACAGUACUGAUUCAGAUUUGUAGAUAGACAAAAUACUUUAAAUUCUAAAUAAAUAUAUCUGAAAUAGGCAUUGUAACCAUAUAAUUAUACAGUAGAAGUAAUGUGUUUAUUAGCUAAUUAUUUGAAUGUUUCAGGUAUUGCAGAGGUGACUUUAGAACAGUAAGCAAUUACAUAAUAAUCCAGUUUUCACUUUUCAUAACCCUGCUAUGGUGAUUUAGGGUUAGCAAGUUAAGAACAUCCAGUAGGAAUGAAAAUUGAAUGGAAUAACCAGAAUUUGUAGAAAAAAAAGUGCAUUUAAUUUAACAAGAGACAAAGGCAGGGUUGCAUUUUGCUUAAAGGAGAAGGAAAGCUACCGAGGCAUUUUAUUGCCAAUAGAUUUGCUGCAAUAGUGCAAGCUAGAAUGCUAUAUUUAUUCUGUAGAAUGUUUUACCAUACCUGAGUAAAAAGCUCUAGAAACUCUGUUUGUUUAGUAUAGGAGCUGCAGUAUUAAUGUGGUGUGACAUCACUUCCUGCCUGAGUCUCUCCCUGCUCUGGGCUCAGAUUACAGUAGAGAAGGGAGGGGGGGGGAAGAGGAGCAAACUGAGCAUGCUCUUGCCCAGGGCAAUGAGGUUUAAGCUGAAAACAGGAAGUCUGAUACAGAAGCCCAUGAGUACACAAUAGAAGGAAAGAAAUGCAGUGUUUCUUUUGACAGGGGACUCAGAGCAGCACUACUUAGGUCGUUUACUGGUAUAUUUAGAUGGACCUUUCUGAUAAGGCUUACUUAGUUUUAACCUUUCCUUCUCCUUUAAUGUGUAAAGCAUGUGCUGUUGAGAAGUGUUUUGAGUGACGUGUGGAUUAUACAAAUUAUUAAAUACAUGUCCAUAAAAAAUAGAGUUUAAGGUUAUGCUAGUUUUUAAGGAUCUUGACUUAAAAUUGCAGGUUCAUACACAAUUUUGCUAAUAAUUCCAGUUUCUACACCAGUUUAUAAGACAUGUAUGGUUUUGUCUCUAUAUACUCCAGUGGACUUUAAUAAAGUUCAUUAUUGUUUAAAACUCUCUGUGUUGUAAUUAUAUGCCAAAGUUUACAUUUUAUUUUACAUCAAAUGUAAUGCUUUGUAAAUAUGUCUGUAAGCUUUUUAAUCCAGUUGUGAAUUUACUUUACUUUUGUUUACAAAUAAAGUAUUUAAAGUGUUAAAGGGGA